UCCCCCGUGCUGUCAGUCCUUUCGCUGAACAUGAUGUCAUGCGGCCCCAGCUGUCCUGGUUGGUAGAGCGCUGGAGGGGCGGAGCCUAUUGCCGGUCUGUCUGCUGCUGGACUUGUGCUGCAAAGGGGUGUGCGGCUGGUGUCAGGGGUGAGGGCAGAAAGUCUGGGAGCCGCACUGUCCGAGCAACAAUUUGUGGAACAAUGUCAGAAGACCACAUCCCCAUUCAUGAAGAAUUUAUAUACUGCUCUGGAGGUGCUACGGAGGUCCUGAAAUUUGGCCCUUGGAAAGACCUGCAUGAAUCCAAUGGAGAAAGCAAGCCUAAAGUCUUAGUCCUCGUCAUUCCUGGUAAUCCGGGUGUAGUAGGCUUUUAUAGGACCUUUAUGCAGGCGCUCUACUGUGGUCUGGAUCAACAAUAUCCAGUGUGGGCCAUCAGCCAUGCAGGCCAUUGUUCCCCACCAAGAGGAAUGGACAUGACUCAAGAUUAUAGCCAAAUGGAGGACGUGUUCGGGCUCAAUGGACAGGUUGAACACAAGCUCUCAUUCCUGAAGGCACAUGUGCCAGCCAAUAUAAAAUUGAUUCUGAUUGGUCAUUCCAUUGGAUGUUACAUAAUACUGGAGAUGAUGAAGAGAACUGCAGACCUUAAGGUCCUGCAGUCGAUAAUGCUGUUUCCCACAAUCGAACGGAUGGCCCAGUCCCCCCAAGGCAAAAUAAUGACACCCCUUCUGUGCAGCCUUCGCUAUAUAUUCUACAUGCCUCUCUAUCUGCUCUCCUACCUACCAGAGAACAUCAAGAUGUCGCUGGUGAGAUUCAUCCUGCGCGGGAUUAAAUCCGUGGAUGAAGCCUCCAUAGAAGCUUGUCUCAAUUUAUUUAGAAUUGAUUGUGCAGCAAAUGCCAUGUACAUGGGGAGUCAAGAAAUGGUGAAAGUAUUGGAGAGAGACAAUGACACCAUCAAACACAAUUUACAGAAGCUCAUUUUCUACUAUGGUGCCACGGACCACUGGUGUCCUGUUCAGUAUUAUGAAGAGAUCAAGAAGGCGUUUCCUGAAGGCAGCAUCUUGCUUUGUGAGAAGGGCAUCAGGCACGCAUUUGUCCUCGACUCCAGUAACGAAGUCGCCUCUAUGAUCAUUGACUGGUUAAAAAAGCGAUCACUUUGUUGAGUGUUGCUGCGGAUUUCUUUUUUUUUUUUUUCAUUUUUUUUUUUUAGACUUCUGCAACGAUUUUGUCAAGCUGUAACUCAAUUUUAUGUGUCUCCAGUCCUGUAGAUUAUACAAUGACAGGGUUUUUAUGUAGUUUAGAUAUAGUUGAGGAUGAAUUACAGCCUACGGCUCUAACUUGAACACACUUGAUUUCCUGCCAUUGAAAUGUUGGCUGUGCAUGAGGACCAAAAGUGUCACUCGGGAAAUGUGCAAAUCUGCAUUGGGUGGGGAGUUUUGGGAAGGUGAAUCUAGCUUGAAAAAAACGUACAAAACCAGGAAAAUGGAGAUUUAUGCUGCAAACAGAAAGCUGACAGCUAUUUGAAUGUUGGGCAGAAGACGAUUUUUUUUUUACUGGCCCAGAUAUACAGUCAUCUGUUGUAUUCACAUACACUUGUACAGUAUUAGGAACAUCUAGCAUUCAGAGGUGGGGUCCAAGCAAGACUUACUACCCUGGGUACCACAGAGGAGCAGUUGUAGGUAGAAAGAGUAUGGGAAAGUGAAAUAAAUCACCCACAAAUUCACCGUUUGUAUAUGCGGUUGCAUGGUGGUACCUAAUAAGGCAGCUUUUCUCUUCAAAGAGACUAAAUUAUGAGAGAGUCUUUGUUUCCGAUACAAGAUUAUCCAUAGAGUGAUAGCACACAGGGCAGCUGGACAGUCUGGUUAAAUAUCUCCUUAAACCCCAAGGGGAUGAAAGGUUGGACUAAACUAACAUGACAUCUCCCUGAUCAAAAGUCUUCAGUGCGCCCUCUGGUCCCAAUGCUUCUUCAUACCACAUCCACUGCUGAAGGUUCAAGGCUUGGCCCCAAUCACAUAACAGAAUGAUGUGUUCCAGGUAAAGGCCUUCAUCAAAAAAACAGUUUUUCCUCUCAUUUCCUGUAGAAGUAGGACAUGACAAGCCAGAGGUUUUGAAAUCGUAACACCAGGAUUGCAAUAAGUUCCCUUUUGGGUACUCUGCUCCUGAGGUAGUUAUACAGGAAAGGGAGAAACUUGGGGUAGAAAGUAGAAAAUAAGAUGGCAAAGAUAAAGGGAAUGGAAAGAGAAAUGCGGAGAAGAGGGGAAGCAGGGAGAAAGAGAGGAAACAGGGAUAGAAAGGAGAUCAGAAAUGGUAGCAUGAGUAGAAGAUAUGUAGAGAGGUAGAAAAGAGGGCAGGAGCAAAGAGUUGAAUGGUUAGAGGUCUAUGGGGCAUGUUUACUAAAGGUGGCCAUAGACGCAACAAUUACGAUCUUUCUUGGAAAAGAUCUUUCCAAGAAAGAUCAUUAGUUUCAAUACAUGUGUGUAGAGCUUAAUCUUCAGAUAUACAGGUAGAAACAAUAGAAUUCUACCUGUAUCUGACAAUUCAGCACUAACAACGGUCGAUGUUUGGGUUCUUUCAAAGGCACCCAAUCAAAAUUUUCCGUCCAGCCCGAUCGACGAGCCGACCGAUAUCCAAGUCUUCUGUCGAUAUCAGUCAGCUCUUUUCCCACCAUAUACGCACCAAAUAUCGUAGGAAGAUUCGUUUCGGGCGAUAUUAUUUGAGCGGCUAUGGCCACCUUAACAUUGGAGAUAAAUAUCUGGAGAGAUUUCUGGAAAUGUUGCCUAUGGCAACCAAUCAGCCAUUAGAUUUAAAUAUCCACCUAUAAGUUAGAAAAUAAAAGCAACAAGCUAUGGUAAACAUCUCCAGAAAUCUCUUCAAUGUUAGUAAAUAUGUCAGUAUUGUGUCUAAUUAUUCAACUUCCUGGUCAUAUUUUCUUCUCUACAACGACAACUAUAUAUACUGUUAUAUUACUACAGAAGGCAGAUCUUUGGUCUCAUGUUGGAGGAACAUUUCAUCUUAUCAGCUCAUUUUACCCCACUGCAGUAAUUCAACUAAAAUUCGUAAGGGUUAUUAGAGAUGCACCAAAUCCAUAACUUUUUGGAUUUGGCAGAAUAUCAAGUAUUUCAUCGAAUACCAAGCCAAAUUAAAACCCUACAUUUGCAUGUUUGAAAAAAAAAUGCAUCAUUUGUUAACAAAUUGUCAAGUUCGAUUGUCUAGAUCUUUAAUGUAAUUAAUGACUGCAAAAUGUGCUGAGAUUUAGCCAAAUCCUGGAUUUGAUGCAUUCUUAUAAGAUUUCCCUUCCCCUCUUAAAUACUGUAUGAAAUAAGCUAGUCAUUAUAUUUAUAUAAUAUAUAUCAUAGCAGAAGAGUGGAGAUGGCCAAAAUGUGGACUUUAAUCCAUUGGUGCUAACCAAGGUUGAUGACUGAGCAGACUGAAAUUUUGGAAGAACACAUCAUCAUAUCUUUAUAAAAAAUAAAGGGGGGGGGAGAUUUACAACAGAGUUGUAACUUAUUUUAAUUAAACAAUAGCUACCAAUCGUAGUUUUGCUUUUAUUAACUUGCUCCAGGUAACCAAUCGGAGCAUCAUUCUAAUAAGCAGUAACAGUUGAACUGGAGUUUUGUAAUAUAGACUAACAUCAAAGAUCCCUAAAUAGUUAUGGGCAAAUCUGACCCAUUUCGCAAAAAUUAGCAAAAUUCGCUGAAAUGAUUUGAAGACUAUAGGCGACAAAAUUUUUUGAUGCGCGACAAAUUGUGCGUCAAAUUCUUGAUGAACGACAAAUCUUUUCAUCUCUGUGGGCAUCAUUUUUUGAGGCGAAACAUGGCGAAAAAUUUUACUCAUCACAAUUACUAACUUGUUUCUUCUAUAUAAUAUGUGAUAAUAGAUGAAUGUAUAAUAAAAGUCGGUCAUCUACCAUUUAGUUCAUUG